CUAUUGGAUCGCGGUCUGUAGGUCCCUCAUUAUCAUGGGACGGGCCUUUUAUCGACGUAGCCCAAAAAACCGCCGUGGUGUGUGACGACCAGUUCGAGCGGAAAACCGGGACCUGAAGACGGGCAGGACAGGGGUUUUUCACUCCCCUGAAAAAAAAUGAGUCUAAUCUUGAUGAAGUGAAGUUUUCACACUCGGCAGGAAUAGAGAGAAGAGCAGCAGCAGCAGAGGAAGUGUUUGUGAAAGAAGAAGAAGAGCAGAGGAAUGCUCAGGAAGGAAAACUCCCGACCAUACAGAGAGGUAGGACACGGUUACAACCUGUUAGACACACACUUUCAUUUACACUCUGUGACUUUAUCUCGGGUUGGACUCGGUAAACAAGUGUAUUUACUGUAACUUCCACGCGAUAUGAAGAGUCCAGUAAACACAGCUGAUAUUAUCAUGUGACUGUAGAGCUGACUGCUGCAGCUUCCAGCUCCAUGAAAAGCAGCUGACUGCAGGUUUUUCUGGGGGGUGAAAGUUGAACCUUGGAGACCAAACAUGGAGAAAUAAUCUUUAAAAUGUUGACUAACAGGAGCUAAAGUCAAUGAAGGAGAGCUGUCAUUGUGGAGGAUUAAUACUGCAUGUUACAACAAGUCUACUGAAGCACUUUUUAUUAUUCUGUGACUUUUAUUUUGAUGUCAAUACUCCCCUAUAACAACCAGACAACUUAUUACAAAUUAAACCAGUCAAGGAGCUCAUUAGAUGUAUUAUCGUGAGAUAAAGUAGGGCUGAUAAGUAAGGCUGAAAUUAGAUAAACAACCAAACCUGCACUUUUUUCUAAGUAAACUUCCUUGGUUGUGAUCGUCUGUACUUUAAUGUCCUUUGUUUGUAACUUCACAGUUUAAUGAUGAGGAUGAUGAAGAUGACAAAGGGCCUCCAGAGUACUUCGACGAUGCCACUGAGGACCUGGACCGGGAGGAGCCCAACGGCAGCAUCUCACAUGGUGAUAAUAACCCGUGUUAUGACGGACAAACGUGUGCUCUCUGCAGUAAUAACACUUCACUGAAAACAUCACAGAGCCUCACGUGUUUACUGGAUUUGAUUGGUCACUCUUCUUUAUUGCACUUUUGUCAUAAACUUUGACAGACUGGUUUGUUUUACUGGUUUCAUCCUCUAUGAUCGAAGAUAUUAAAGGUUUAGAGAAUCCAAACAUUGAGAUGUAGUUCCUCUUUUAUUGAUUUAGCUCCUCGAAUACAAGAACUUAUGACUAUAAUAGACUUUUGAAUUAAUAGUUUGUUGUUGUUUGUUUUGGUUGAGGUUUGUUUAUGCUCUUCAGAGCCAUGUAGCGAGAUCUCAGGCCAGUCCAUUAUGGACUACAGCGGGGUGUCGCAGCUCAAGGAAGAACAUUUAUGGUCAUUGUUUUAUCAUUUCCUUGAGUCAAAAUCACCAUAUUAAUUAUUUUGCACUGCAGACAUUGUAGUUCUUCUGCCUUAGCAUCUCGGUCUGAUUGUCUUUCAAUAAAGAAAUGAUAACUAGAGAAGCAAGCGGUCGGCAACAUUCAUCUCUCCAGGGGGUGUCUAACUCGGUGUUAUGGUGUGUUUGACCGUAAAUUAAUUUUACACCGGAAUAUCCCUUUGAGGUCUUUUUCACCGCAGUACUUUGCUCACCCUAAUAAACAAUAAAUAUCCUUUCCCUCUUCUCUCACCGCAGAGGAGGAUCUCAGGGGGAGCAGUCCGUCUAUGCGGUUCAGUAAAACCUGCCUGAAGAACGUCUUCACCGUGGUCCUCAUCUUCAUCUACCUGCUGCUCACUGGGGUGGCGGGGUUCUUAGCCUACCAGACCAUCAGCGAGUUCCUGGAGAAACACAACAACCCCGUGAUGUCCGUCACCUACAAAGAGGUCGAUUUCUUUUCCCCGCCAGGUUUGUGAGAGAAACAUCUUCACCUUCAGACCAACAUAACUGUCAUUAGUGUAGAUUAUUUUAUGGUUUUUAAUUGUUUAUUUUUUGUGUGUCUCUGUGCAGGUAUCGCUCUGUACCCGGGUAAAGCUGAGCUGCUGAGCUGCAGACAUCACUUCCACGACUACAUCCCACCUUUAGUCGACCCAGGCAAACCUCAGGAAGGAGACUGUGUGAUUAAAGACGUGACCUACUACGGACCGUUUUCCAAUCAAACACAGGUGAGCGAGAACAAUAUAAAAGUGUUGAUUUCACAGUUACAAGACGGAUAUUCAAUAAUCAAAGAAAUCUCUGCUGAAGUUCUAAAAACAGGCGUCAUUUUUUAACAACUUUUUGAUCACUUUUUAAAACUUGCAGCAGGAAAGGUCAUGCGGGUCCUAGCUGCAGUGCACAUCAUCAACCAGUAGGUGGUGCAUGAGAGCAAUCAAAAUAUAACAGUGGAUAGGACAGUUUAUAGUAAGUUUAAGUCUAACUGAGACUAGAAUUUUAUAACUGCUGUAUAAAGAAGUUGGUCUACACACACUCAGUUACCUUUUCGGAACAUUUGAUCAAAUUUUUUUCGACGUAUAUCUUCUUUUUCUUGUCUUUCAUAACGAUGUUAUUUAUCUGAGCCAUGCAGUGUGGCAGAUUGUGAAAGUGACACUGUUUAUAACCACCACUUUUAACUUUGUCAUCAUAGAAAAGAGCUUUAGUGGUCCGAGGCCCGUCCGAUGUGAGGAGGAGGGAGCUGAUCUUCAUGCAGUUCAGUCACAAUGAAACAAAGGAGGACUUCAGCGCCAUCACCUACAUGCUCUUCGCAAAGUUUAGUGACUUGAAUGACAGGUAACUAAAAAUCACCUAUGUAGUGUCUGCAGGUUUGUGUCACGGUAAUGUUUCUAAAUAGCUGCCUUAUGAAAUAAAGACGUAAUCAGAAACAUGUUUUUUUGUUGUUAUUGUUUAGUGCAAAUGAAUCGGAGUUCAUGAGAGAGUGUGAGAAGAAUUACUCCAUGUGGACUUUCUCUGGAGGAUUCAGGACCUGGGUCAAAAUGUCUUUAGUGAGGACGGCUGGAAGAACCAACGAGGGGAUCGAGUUUCGACAAGAGGUAUUUAUGUUGUUACACAAACAUACAUUUGAAAUUUGACUUUAAAAAUACAGGUUAAGUCAUUUUUGUUUGGUCUUCUAGUCUGCUGUGGUGAAAUUCAACGACAAAAGGCCUGAACCAGAGCAAACCAACCAGCUCUUCUUCGCCGUCUUUGAAUGGCGGGACCCUUAUAUGCAAGAAAUCAAACUGGUAAAUUCUCUUUAUUCCACAUAAACCCUCCUAAUAUCUAUACUAUCAGUGUGUGAGUCUGUAAACAGUGUUGCUUUCUUUUAUACAGAUAGUUACUGCAAAUCCCUGGAGCUCUGUGGCCAUCCUCUGCGGUGUCUUCAUGGCUCUCUUCAAGGCUGCUAACUUUGCCAAACUCACGAUUCAGUGGAUCAUCAGAAUGAGGAAGAGGCAUCUGAGGAAUAAAGCACGAGAAAUGAACCCAAUAACUGAUAGCUGAAGCCCAGACACAGUCUAAAAUCUGGAUUUUACACUGUUUAAUCUUUGGUUAAUAUCGUCGGUAAGAAAGUUAACCAACACCAUGUUCUUAAUGUGAUCACUGAGUUUGCAUUUCAUCACUAUUUCCUUAAACAUUCCUCUAAAUGAAGAUUUUGUACGCACACACAAAAGAAAAUGUUGCUGAAAACGGAGGCACUUCUGUGUCUGAUAGUUUUAGAGAUUUUAAGGUUUGACUGUUUCAAGCAUUGACUGUAUGUUAAGAUGGACCACGCCUUCAGCUCCUCCCUUUUUAAAAAGUGAAGCCAAAAUGCUGCCUUGAUAACCGCUGACUUUGUGCACCAGUUUAACCAAAGCGUGUGCAGAAAUAACCAAACAGGCUUUAAACACCAAAGAUCAAACUCAAUAUUUAAUAGAAUGCCCUUUACUGCAGCCAGUCACUAGGGGGAGCUCUGAAAGUUUUGGCUUCACUUUAGGGAGUUGUCAUGCCGUCCAUGUCUCGUUUAAGGAGCAAAACUAAGAAAUGUGAACUUUGGUCAAAUUUAUGCUGGAUAUAUUUGUGUAAUCUUAAACUCAAGGGAAUUUUAUUGUUGUGUUUUAUGUUUGUGUCCUAUUUUUUUCAAGAAAAUAUUACAAUUAUUUCACACAGCCUUGCAAUAAUGUAAAAAAAUUGAUAAGGGAUUACCAUGAGCUACUUUUCUUUGAUCAAGAUUUUUCACUGUUUAUUUUUUAUAAAGUUGAGGCUGUAUUUUACGCGCUGUCUUCCUCCUGUAGCUAAUAUGAGAUUUUAAUGUAACACCAGCAUCUCUGUGUGUGUCGACUGCUGUUAAAUUUUUACUUGAAUUAUUGUCUUCACUGUGUUGUGGUCAAGAAUGUAUCCUGAAUGCUUGUUUGGAGAUAUUUGGGAAAAUUAAAAUGUUUAUUUUAAGUCAAA